AUGAUUCUGAAUUUUAUUGUUAUAGCAUGCAAGUUGGCCAGUGCAAAGGUACAAGAAGUAGCACCAGAUUUCCAGGGUAAAGCAGUAGUGGAUGGCCAGUUCAAAGAUAUUCAGCUUUCAGAUUACAAAGGAAAAUACCUUUUGCUUUUCUUCUACCCAUUGGAUUUUACAUUUGUGUGUCCCACAGAGAUCAUAGCAUUCAGUGAUCGCAUUAAGGAAUUCCAGGACCUUGAUACUGCAGUAGUAGGAGUAUCCACCGACUCACAUUUCAGUCAUUUGGCAUGGAUCAAUCAGUCCAGAAAGCAAGGAGGACUGGGAGGUUUAAAUUACCCUUUAUUAUCUGACUUUAAUAAAGUCAUCUCCAAAGACUAUGGUGUACUUUUAGAGAGCAGUGGAAUAGCAUUAAGAGGAUCAUUUCUAAUAGACCCCAAUGGUGUUCUUAGACAGAUGACAAUUAAUGACCUUCCAGUGGGACGGUCUGUUGAUGAGGCCCUUAGGCUGAUCUCUGCAUUCAAGUUCACAGAUGAGCACGGAGAAGUUUGUCCCGCAAAUUGGAGUCAGGAUAAGCCAACUAUAAAACCUGAUCCAAAGCUGUCACAAGAAUACUUUAAUAAAGUCAACUGAUUUCAAGAACUGAAGUUACGUACACACAACAAAGUGCAGGACUGUAAUGAGUUGCUGUACAGUGUAUAUCCUGCUGAACUAAAGGCCAAACUGUUAAGAGUUAUUGAGCCAAUGGACUUCAAUCUAUGAAGAUUUAAGCACGACCUGACGAUUUCUGUUGAUUUCUCAUGAACACAUGCCCAUACAUUUAGGAUAAUGAGAUGGUCAUGAUUAUCACAAAUAUUGUAAUGCCGACUGUUCAAUAAAAUUCACUGACUUGCCAAAAUGGAUUUGAUACUUACCUUUUUAGAAGAAUCACACCCAUUGAUUUUUGUUAGGCUACAUCUGGUUUUGCCAAAUUUUAGUUAAAUUCUAGAUAUUAUUAGAAGUUCUAUUGUGUAUGAUGAAGUUCACAUACUGUACUAUUAUACAUAUUUAGGCAUGCCUUAAUACAAAAGAGAACAAUUAUCUGAGUAUGCUUCCUGUGAAAAUGAACGUGUUGGUAUAUGGCAAUAUAUUGAAGUCUACCAUGUUCUUCUACUUCUGAUUCUUGGAAAACAGCCUUCUAACUUGCUUUUUGCUUCAUUUCAAAACAAAUGAGGCUUGCAAAGUUUCAAUCUAAUACAGAAAUCAAUUUUUGUUGCUUGAUGGUGGGACUAAUAUUUAGCUUUUAAUACCAUAUUCAAUCAUGUCAAUUAUAAAUGUACAUGCACUCUUUUACCGU